CCUUCUUCCCUCCGAUUUCCUUCUUUUCCCUAACCCAAACCCUACUCUCACUCACUCUGCAAACCCAAAAAAGCCUUAACAAUGGCGGAGCUAAAACUCUCAGAAAGCAAAGACCUAACAAGAAUUGAACGCAUAGGGGCUCACUCCCAUAUCCGAGGCUUAGGCCUAGACUCAACCCUAGAACCUCGCCUCACUUCCGAAGGCCUCGUCGGCCAACUCCCCGCCCGCAAAGCCGCCGGCGUAAUCCUCCAAAUGAUCAAAGACGGAAAAAUCGCGGGCCGAGGAGUCCUCAUUGCGGGCCAACCCGGCACCGGAAAGACCGCAAUUGCAAUGGGUCUUGCCAAGUCACUGGGCCACGAAACUCCAUUCGCCAUGCUCUCCGGCUCCGAAAUCUUCUCCCUGGAGAUGUCGAAGACGGAAGCCCUAAUGCAGGCGUUUCGCCGCGCUAUCGGUGUCCGGAUUAAAGAGGAGGCUGAGGUUAUUGAGGGCGAGGUUGUGGAGGUACAAAUGGACCGACCUGCGGUUGCUGGGGCGGCGUCGAAGACAGGGAAAUUGACGUUGAAGACGACGGAUAUGGAGACGGUGUAUGAUUUGGGGACGAAGAUGAUUGAAGCGCUUAGUAAGGAGAAGGUUCAAAGUGGGGAUGUGAUUGCUAUUGAUAAGGCUUCUGGGAAGAUUACUAAGCUCGGGAGGUCGUUUUCGAGGUCGAGGGAGUACGAUGCUGUAGGACCUCAUACCAAGUUUGUGCAGUGCCCUGAUGGGGAGUUGCAGAAAAGGAAAGAGGUUGUGCAUUGUGUUACUCUUCAUGAGAUCGAUGUUAUUAACAGCAGGACCCAGGGAUUCCUAGCACUCUUCACUGGCGAUACUGGUGAAAUACGUGCUGAAGUGAGGGAACAAAUUGACACCAAAGUAGCUGAGUGGAGGGAAGAAGGGAAGGCUGAGAUUGUACCAGGGGUUCUGUUCAUUGACGAGGUCCACAUGUUAGAUAUUGAGUGCUUCUCUUUCUUAAAUCGUGCCUUGGAGAAUGAAAUGGCACCGAUAUUAGUAGUUGCAACCAACAGAGGGCAUACUAGGAUUAGAGGGACCAAUUACAAAUCUCCACAUGGCAUUCCCAUUGAUUUGCUUGAUCGGCUACUUAUCAUCGCAACUCAACCAUACUCGGAGGAGGAGAUUCGAAAGAUCUUGGAGAUCAGAUGUGAAGAAGAGGAUGUCGAAAUGUCUGAAGAAGCGAAAGCUCUGUUGACAAAAAUUGCAGUUGAAACAUCACUCAGGUAUUCCAUCAACCUGAUAAAUACCUCUGCAUUGGCCUGUCUAAAACGGAAGGCAAAGUCGGUGGAGAUGGAGGAUGUGAGCAGGGUUUAUCAGUUGUUUUUGGAUGUGAAGAGGUCAACACAGUACUUAAUGGAGUAUCAAAACCAAUAUAUGUUUAACGAUGUUCCCGGAGGAGAGGUGAAUGAAGAUGAGAACACUGACAUGACCUCUUGAUUUAUAGAUACUAUGUAUGUAUUGAAUUGUAAGCUCUUGAAAUGAAAGUUUGAUGCUCAUCACCUAAUUCAGAAGGACAACAAGAGAUUUAAAGGAGAAUGUUCAUCACCCCCAGUGAAACUCACAUGCUUUAGUGGGUUGAGGGUAGACCUGUGAAGCGGCCUCUUAGAUGUUGCAUGGAUCUUAACAAGUCUAAACUUAUUUUUCAUGAAAUAAAUGAAAAUAAGAUGAAUGUAACAGGGUCGUCCUUGGUAUGUAAAACUAGUUGCAUUUUGCUGGUUGUGUGAAUUUUGAGAAAAUGAAUUUCUGUUUUGCUUGAAUGUUACACAAUGAAGUGAAGUAUAUUUUAUAUAGAACCCGGGUAAGACAUCGUGGCUUGAGGAAAUAUGGAUUGAUAAUAGAAUACUAUGCUUGUUAUGUUGGA